CAGCAGUAUGCAUGAGGCAGGAGGCUGGUAACAGGGGCCCAUGGCAGAUUAGGGGCCUGGCAGCAGCUAAGGGAGGCCCGUUAAUCUGCCAGCACCCUAUGUACAAAAAUAUUGAACACACCAGCAGUGUGUGAGGGAGACCUGAAAGUGGCACAUGGAGAGUGUUGGCGAUGGAGACAGCAGCAAUGGGAGGCCGCCCGUAAUCAGCCAGACCCUAUGUCAAAAAAAUAUGCAACACACCAGCAGUGUGGCGAUGGAGACCUGCAAAGUGUGGCACAUGGGACAUGAGACACUGUGGACCUGGCAGCAGCAUAUGAAGAGGCGGUACAGGGGCCCAUGGCAGAUUAGGGGCCUGGCAGCA